AUGGAGAUCCGGCCGGACAGGUUUAAGGCCGUGGCCGCCAAAACUCUGGGCAAAAUAUAUGGAGUUCUUGAGAAGAAGCAGGAGAAUGGCGAGACCAUCGAGCUGUCGGCGGAGGGUCGGCCGGAGCAGGUGGAGGAGAAGGAGAUGCCCGUGGUGGACUGCACGUGCUUCGGUCUGCCCAGACGCUACAUCAUCGCCAUUCUCUCUGGCAUUGGCUUCUGCAUCUCCUUUGGAAUCAGAUGUAACCUGGGCGUGGCCAUCGUCAGUAUGGUCAACAGCCACAAAGUCUUCAGAGACAACAAGGAGGUGAUAGUGAAAGCUCAAUUUGACUGGGAUCCAGAAACGGUAGGAAUGAUCCACGGAUCUUUCUUCUGGGGAUACAUAGUCACCCAAAUUCCAGGAGGGUUCAUUUGUCAAAAGUUUGCAGCAAACAGAGUCUUUGGUUUUGCUAUAGUGGCCACAUCUUUCCUGAACAUGCUGAUACCCGCGGCGGCCCGCAUGCACUUUGGCUGCGUCAUACUUGUCAGGGUGUUUCAAGGACUGGUGGAGGGGGUCUCAUAUCCUGCCUGCCAUGGUAUUUGGGCAAAGUGGGCGCCACCACUGGAAAGAAGUCGUUUGGCCACAACAGCGUUCUGUGGUUCUUAUGCUGGUGCUGUGGUUGCCAUGCCUUUGGCUGGAAUCCUGGUCCAGUACUCAGGAUGGUCAUCGGUCUUCUAUGUCUACGGAACUUUUGGGAUCAUGUGGUACUGCUUCUGGGUCCUGGUGUCCUAUGAAAGUCCAGCAGCUCAUCCUACCAUCACAGAGGAGGAGAGAAAAUACAUCGAGGAAAGCAUCGGAGAGUCGGCCCAACAUUCAGUGUCUAAAUUCAACACCCCGUGGAAGGCCUUCUUCUCCUCCAUGCCUGUCUAUGCCAUAAUUGUUGCCAACUUCUGCAGAAGCUGGACCUUCUACUUGCUCCUCAUCAGCCAGCCAGCGUACUUCGAGGAGGUCUUUGGUUUCGAGAUCAGCAAGGUUGGCAUAGUCUCUGCACUUCCCCAUCUGGUCAUGACCAUAAUUGUGCCUAUUGGCGGCCAAAUUGCUGACUAUCUUCGUUCCAAUCACAUCAUGACAACCACUAACGUCAGGAAACUCAUGAACUGCGGAGGUUUUGGGAUGGAGGCCACUCUACUGCUGGUGGUGGGCUUCUCACACACCAAGGGUGUAGCCAUUACAUUCCUGGUCCUGGCCGUGGGCUUCUCUGGCUUUGCUAUCUCAGGCUUCAAUGUGAACCACCUGGACAUAGCGCCAAGGUAUGCUAGUAUCCUCAUGGGCAUCUCCAAUGGUGUGGGCACCUUGUCUGGUAUGGUGUGCCCUCUGAUAGUCGGGGCCAUGACGAAGCACAAGACUCGGGAAGAAUGGCAGGGAGUGUUCCUAAUAGCUUCCAUUGUACAUUAUGGAGGUGUGAUCUUCUAUGGACUUUUUGCAUCUGGAGAAAAGCAGGCUUGGGCCGAGCCUGAGCAGCUGAGUGACGAGAAGUGUGGCAUCCUGGAUGAAGACGAACUUGCAAAUGAGACAGAGGAGCUGUACCGCACAAGUGGAGGUGCAGGCUACGGAGCGAUGAACCAGGGGGGAGAUCCCAAUGGAGGUGGAGGAGGAUGGGUCUCAGACUGGGACAAAACUGAGGAGUAUGUACAACCUGUCGGAACCAAUAAUUACCUAUAUGGAGGAGAAGGGGAGCGGGAUUUGACAUAAGACCAGCAGAUCCUUCUUUAGGUAUCUAAAGUGGGACAAACCCUGCACAUCAACAGUGUGAAGUUUCACACUGAUGUCAUGGAGAACUGUCAAAGUGAAGCUUUCACAGCUGGAGGUGGGAACGGACAGUUUUUGUUUGGUGUUUUUUGCAUUACUUUAGGCCUAUUACUAUAUCAUCACAACUGGACUGAAUAUCAGGAGACUGCAGUGUGGAAAUGCAGACAAACGUAGAUGUAAUAUGAGUGUGACUCGCUGUGUGACAGNA